CCUUCGUGAAAGUGGUGUGAAAUCAAGGAGUGACUGAAGUGGGAUGACUCGAGGUCGUAGUGCAAAAGAGUGACUACCGUGGGAAUGGGUUGGAAAGAACGAAGGACGCGAAGGGUGAGAAGGAGAGAAGAAAGGGAAGAGAAGAGAAUGAGGGGGCGAAGGAAAGGUUUAAAGCUGAAUGAGACACAUAGCCCCCAUCAAAUUAUCUCACUUCAUCAUCACAAUCUCACACCCCUAUGGAGGGGGGCAAUGGAUAGGAAAAGCUUCCAGGCUCCCAGACCAUCAGACAUAGCCCAAUCUGCGGCUCAUUUGCGAUGGUGGGUCAAAAGUAAAAUUAAUACACAGUAUGCUGGCCAAAAAAAAGAAAGGAAAAAAAAAAAAAACAAGCGUUCAAAAGAGCGGAAAAUAAACAUGAAAAUUGAAAAUAGAACAAAAGAAAAUCUAAUUUAGUAGUGAGGUACUCAGUACAAACAUGAUACAUACUCAGGUGAGUCCAUACAUACAUGCUACGGACUGGGGGAUGCCAGGCCAAAACCCUGAA